CACAUCUCUGCAUAUAACAGCUAAAGACACAUACGCAUUAGCAAGGCGCUGGUAACCCGCACGACAGAUUGAAUCUGAGUACAUAGUGCAUAGGCUGAAAGAUCUCCCGACCCCACAUACCGAUAAGAUAGACCCCUCGCGGGGAAACGAUAUAAACACCACCCCAUACAACUCUCUUCCAUACUUCAUACAGCACAAAUAUGCGUUCAAAUUUCUAUCCUUUUCGCCCGAUACCCCAUGAGGAAGUGCUGAAGCAGUAUUAUGUCGGAAAAGAUAUCGGAGAUGUACCGAAACCGGCCGUCGUGCUCGACGUGGCGAUUAUCAAGAAGCACUGCGAGCGAAUGUUACAGACUGUCAAGGCGCUCGAUGUCGGUUUUCGGGCACAUGUGAAGACUCAUAAAACAACACAAAUCGCCCAGUUACAAGUCGGCCACGGCAACGAGGACGCCAAUUUUGUCGCGUCUACAGUACUGGAGAUUGAAUGGCUUGCUCUGUUACUCAAGGAUUUCAAGAUACAGAGUCGUCGAUUCAACAUUCUCUACGGAAUUCCUCUGGUACCAUCGCAGACGACUUGGUUGGCAAAGAUUGCCCGCGAACUCGGUCCCGGAAGCGUUUCGGUUAUGAUAGACCAUCCGGGUCAGAUUGAAUAUCUCAAGGAUUUCCAGUUGGAAGCAGGCUUUUCGGCCCAUGUGUUUGUUAAGGUUGACUGCGGCUACCACCGAGCGGGAUUGCCUCCGGCGAUGUUGAACAAGAACGGAUUACUGGAGAAGCUAGCGGAAGCAGAAAAAGAGGGCUAUGCUGUUAUUCUCGGGGUCUACUCCCAUAAUAGUCUUAGCUACGGAGGGAGCACACCAGACGAAGCGAUGGAAUAUUUAACCGCGGAAAUCGUUAGCUGCAGAGAGGCUAUCAAACACAACUCCCAUCUUUUGUCGGGUAGAGAGCUGGUGAUCAGUGUCGGAGCUACACCGCAGGUGGUUUCUUCGAACAACCUCUUGGGAAGUCCGUCUAGCUCAGCGGCAGAGAAGUUGAAGAAUCUGCUGCACAAUCCAUCCGAGUCUAGUAUUCCUGUCAAAGUCGAACUCCACGCCGGUGUUUAUCCAGUUCUCGACAUGCAACAGUUUAGCACUAAUGCUAGACAUUCUGCCGGCAAACUGGAAGAGGAAGUCGCAAUUUCCGUUUUAGCUGAAGUAUGCAGUCUAUACAACGAUGGAGAGCGAUACAAACCAGAAGCCCUUGUCGCAGCGGGAUCCUUGGCUCUAGGACGAGAACCAUGCAAAGCGUACCCGGGAUGGGGAGUUGUUAGCGACUGGAGACGGGAGCCGGGAAACUCGAGGUUGAUCGUCGAACGAAUCAGUCAGGAGCAUGCGAUUCUCGCAUGGGAAGAUGGCGGAAGUGGCGAGAUACCGUUGGAAAUCGGGCAGUCUGUGCGGGUCUAUCCAAACCAUGCAUGUGUGACUGGGGCAAUGUACGGGUGGUAUUUGGUCGUGGACUCGAGUGAGGACCGGGAUGCUUCGAAGAUCGUGGAUGUAUGGGUACGAAUUGGGGGUUGGUAGAUGAAUUUCAGCUGUAUAUUUUCGAUCGGGCAUACUACCGAUACAUGAUCGUCUUACUUCAAGUACUCAAAGAGUAGAGGAAACAGGAGAGGAAGGAGUAGAGUAGAGAGGAGAAGUCUCAUAAUCUAUUUUUGCGCCUAACCUAGGAG